AUGCUGUCUCCGUCGUCUAUGAAGCCUUCCGCUCCAUCAGCAUCUCUUCUCCGGUUUCUGCGAUCACAAUCCGAUUCCUUUUUCUUCACAGCCAACCCAGCUACUUGCGGACGAUCUCUCAAUAAUGAUCCCCGGUCUCAUCAUCAGCACCACGCCUUCUCGCUAAGCAGGACGUCAGACUGGACAAGUAUAAACCCUGCGCCAUGCCGUGCGAGUCUAGAAUCAUGCCUCUUUCCGUUACCGGGGCUUUCGUCUAGAAAUCGCGGUACUACUGUACGAUGUCGGGCGUCGCUGGCUCAACGCUCUUCACCGAGUCCGUUCUCCCUCCCUAAUGCGCAGUUUUCACGCGCUUCGUCCACCAAGAGCAAGAGCUUGUGGCGUAGGCUCUUCGACUUCAAGCGAAACAAAACUGCCGAAUCGAAAUCAUAUCUCCGCCAGCCACCUGCAUUGAUUAAUGACGGAACAGAGGGAAGCUUUAAUAUUGGCCGCGGAUUAGUGGCAAAGGCCUCCAAUGAGCCGCGCCUGCGAUGUACCGAGUUCGACAGCACUGGAAAUGUUACUCUUGUAAAUGGCGAAUUCAAGAAGAGUGAGCUGAUUGCCAAGUAUGGUCUCCUACCUCGGGACUUGCGGAAAAUCGACUCGUCUACUCUGCCUCAUAUCCUAGUGCGACCGCGUGCCAUUCUUAUCAACCUCCUACACCUUCGAGUCUUGAUUAAGGCUGAUCGCGUUCUCGUUUUCGAUGCGUACGGAUCCACGGACUCAUACAUGCAAUCGCUAUUUGUGUAUGAUCUCGAAGGAAAGCUACAACAGAAACAAGGACAGACUACGGGUGCAUUGCCUUACGAAUUCCGAGCGCUGGAAGCGGUCUUGAUCAGUGUCACAAGUGGCCUGGAGGAGGAAUUCAAUGGUGUUAGAGAUCCGGUCGUGAGCGUGCUCAGAGCUCUGGAAGAGGACAUUGACCGCGACAAGCUUCGACAUCUGCUUAUCUACUCCAAGAAGCUCGGCACGUUCGAACAAAAGGCUCGCCUCGUGCGUGAUGCGAUCGACGACCUGCUGGAGGCAGACGACGACUUGGCCGCAAUGUAUCUUACUGAGAACUCGCAGGGUGUCCGACGCGAGGAACACGAACAUCAAGAAGUCGAGAUGCUACUCGAGUCGUACCACAAAGUUUGCGACGAAAUUGUGCAGGCCAGCGGCAACUUGGUGACCGGAAUUCGUAAUACCGAGGAAGUCGUCAAAGCCAUUCUGGACGCCAAUCGCAACUCCCUCAUGCUUCUUGACCUCAAAUUCAGCAUUGGAACUCUCGGACUCGCAACCGGAACCCUGUUCUCCGCACUUUACGGCAUGAACUUGAAGAACUUCAUCGAAGAAUCAGACUUGGGCUUUGGCGCCGUGUCCGUCACAUGCUUUGCCAUUACAAUCGUUGUUUGUGCUUAUGGGCUCGCCAAACUGCGCAAGCUUCAGCGUGUCCGCAUGUGGGGCGAAUCUGGCGUCGGCGGCGCAUCCAUGGUCUCUCUGCCUACCAGAGGUGGUGCACUAGCCAGCCAUCGGCCAAAUUGGCGCGCGGAUACCGUUGAGCCUGUUUGGGGUAGUCUUCCCGGUGAAGGACGCGUGGAGAGGAUCAAGCGUAUUAAAGACAAUGCAGCUGCAGCUGCAGCCCGAUCUGCGACCCUGAAGGCUGCUAAUGUGCCCCCAACAACGUCGUCUGGAGACGCUACCAAGCAGUCAGAAAGUUCUUAA